AUGCGUCUCCGUCCGCUGCUCGGCGCCGUUUGUCUCUCGGCUGUCGCAUGGCCUCACCACAGCGCUGCGCUUGAGACCGUCGCGAGUGCCGCCGACCUCGCGGCCAUUGAGCGUUCGACCAAAGUCCACGCGCUGGUCGUUAUCCGGACAAACGAAGGGAAAGACAUCAGCGACGACGACGACGACGAGCCCCCGAGCCCCGACGAGCUCAUCACUACGGCGUAUCCGGAUCUGCCGGAUAUCGAAAAGGACCUGGCAGGGCUCGUCACGUUUGGAGUGGUCGACAUGGCGCUGCACGAUAAAACCUCAGUGGGCAACCAAUGGCAGUUGAGGAAACUCCCAGCGCUGGUCGUGUACCAAGAGGUACCGAAAGAGAACCCGUACACUGGGAAAUUGUACCGAGCAGCGAUAACAGCUGACGUGUCAAUGCUGAAAAAACCUCAAAAGCUCAAAAAGAUGCUUAAAGCAGCGAUUCCGACGCAAUUUGUGCACGAACUUGCAGGAGACGAGGCGACGUGGAGUGUUUUGACCCAAUUGGUGCAAGAAAAUGCAAAAGAGCUCAAGACAGUGGUCCUACUGAUCUCGAAGCAGCGCCAUGCGUCGCCCAUGUAUCACGCUGUAGCCGCAGAGUUCAACGACGCGGGACUGAGUUUUGUGUUUUUGAACAGAGACGAAAAAGGAGCACAGGAGGUGAUGGAACUGCUGGAAGUGGACGCAGUGCCGGCGUUGGUGGUGCUGAAGUCCAUGACGGACCACGUUGUGUCAAGCGCGGAGAAUGUGAAGACGUACGGUGCACUCAAGAGCUUUGUAGAGCCUUUUGCUACGCAGAAAGGGACGAAGCGAGAAACGUCCGAGGGAGACAAGACAAACGAGAAGAGAAAGCCAAAGUUUGUUCGGUUCUUUUCUGGAUCAGAGUUUGAUGAGUUGGUGCUGCACUCGGACGUCGUGUGGAUCAUCGAGUUUAUGGAUGCACAGCGGGAGCAGCAAGUCUUGGACGAUGAGGAGUGGAAAAAGACUCUGACUGAACUGCAUCGAAAGGCCGGUGUGGUGGCUGUAGGUGCGGUCAGCUGCGAGAAAGAAGUCGAACUGUGCGAGCGUUACGGUGGACCCGGUGUUCGCGCGUUUCCGUUGGAGCCCAGCAGCGGCAAUAAAGUGAAGCGUGCCGAGGUCCUCCCGCAAAUGUUCACUACGAUUCGCGAGGCAAAAGAGGUUGCUAUUGCGACGAUCCCCGACCAUACUAUUACGAUCACGUCUUCGGCUGAUCUGAACCCGUUCAUUGCUCUUGCACGGGAAAACCGCGCGUUGCCUGUUUUGUUUUUCACGUCCAGGAAGUCUACACCGCCAAUGAUCAAGGCUCUUCCGCUGUCAGUCCCGACACAAAAGAUUAUGGUGGCGGUACUUUACGACGCUGACGAAGAGAUGAAGAAGCAGUUCCUGAUCGAAGCAUCUGCAAAAACCUCACUGGUGUGCUUGGUGCCGACUCGAGCCAACUCAGAAGACCCGACAUCUGGCCAGUUUGGAAUCGUUCCUUACAAGAAGGAAAGCAUGGGCUCGUACACAUACCCGAACAUUAUGCAGUUCAUUCUCCAAGUUUUUGCUCAAUAUCCUCAUCCCCAGGAUGCGGAGCCCGAAAGUGGUGCGAUUGACGUCUCGCCACUCGAUCUAGCGUCCGCUCAGUCGCUUGUGCCGUACAUGACCAAGGAGAACAUUGCUGACCUCUGUGGCGGCAGCAGGAUUUGUGUGAUUGGAUUUUUGGAGGACCACGUUGACACAGUUGCAGACCCGGAGUCUCGCCUAGCCAAGUGGUGGAUGACAUUGGCGCACGUCGCUGCUCAGAGCGCUCAGCGCCGAGAGCCGUUCCAAUUCGUGUGGAUGAAUGGGAAAUGUCAGAAGGAGUUUGCGGAAGCGUUUGGUGUCGGCCUUUUCCAGAUGCCGACGCUCGCGGUAUACGCUCCUUCCAAGCAGCGCUAUGCAACGAAGGUGGGCGCAUUUGACGAGGAGAGUGCGACCGUGUUUUUGAAAAGUGUGCUGGCUGGUAGCAUCAGCACUGCUCCAAUCAAAAGCGUUCCUCAGUUGAGCGACGAGUGUUCGCUGGACGAGAUCCAAGGAGUAGCAAUCGGAGCGGAUGAUGCUACUGAAGAUGACGGAGACAUGGACGAUAUGCUGCGUGAAAUCCUAUCGGAUGAAAAGCAGCAGCGUGACGAGCUGGAAAAAGAGCUGAAGUCGGAGCCGAAGGCGACGGAAAAGAGCAAGAAGAAGAAGCGCAAAUCGAAGAAGAAAAAGUCCAAGAAGUCGAAGAAAAAAGCAGCGCGAGACGAGUUGUAG